GACAGGUGGGUGGAUGGAUGCUACCUGAUAGGGAGUGGUCUGGCUGGUCUGACUGGAUGAGAUAUGGAAGCUGAUACUGACCUCUGGAUGGGUAGAUGUUAAGAGAACUAUGAAGAGAGGCCGGUGUUGUUGUUGUGCUUCUUCUUCUUCUUCUUCUUCUUGUUGGUGUUGUUGUCCCGAGCUUCUGAUGGUGGUUCAAAAGGCACGGUAACAUCCCCAGCGGUCUCGGCCUUUCUUUUUCGCGGCACGCACGAGGAUCACACAGCGAACCAAAGUUGGUGAUGUUGUGGUAGGGCAAGGCAAGCAAGCUGCAAGGUGUCUGAACUGUGCCCGUAGAUCGUUGGCGGGUUGGGCGAGGUGGGCGAGGCGGACGUCGAGCCGUGUAACUGUCCGGUGCCAAGCCUUGGGCGGGAUCUUUCUCGAACGGCACAGCUCUUGUUAGCUGCUGCUUAUGCUUCAAGCCAUUGCCGCCCGCCCGCCUUUUAGUGCUCUUAGCUCUGAGGAUAACGCCCUCCUUCGAAUAUGCGCCAGUAAUGUGCUUGAGGAGGAUCACGCCUUUGUUCCGUGAGUGGUGCUUCGGAUCUGGGCCCGCUUCAGCCGCUGGUCGUUGUGGGAGGGAGACUGACCAACCAACGGCGACAAAAAGAGGGUGGGAUAUGUACGAACGGAGUCGGAGGACUUUGGAUGAGUGCUCACACCAACGGAAUUUCCCGACUCCUACCCAGAUCUUCGUACACUUUGUGGUUUAAUGAAACGUUGGGGGCUUCUUGUCUUUAUUCUCGAAGACUUGUGGCAUACUGUGAUCCUUUGCCGAGGGCACCGAGGGAACCGGCAGAUUCUGUUUCUGGUUGUUGAAGAUGUUCGUCGGUGAACCCUUUUGAUUCAGGCUAGUCGAAGGAUGGGACCGGGCGAGACAUGGAGAGGGCAGUGACAUUCUAGGCAUCCUUCGAUUAGACGAGAGAAGUUUUGUGUACGACCUCACACUGGACGAGCCAUCAGAUAAGUGAGUAGUGGGUGGGGAAGAGGGCGUUUGAGUUUCGGGGGAGAGAUGUCUUGGCUGCCUCGAGAAGGGUGGCCAGAGAGAAGGAUGACGACAGCAAGGCGGUUGGUUCUUUUGGAGCUGUAGGAUAGUGAAAGAGAGGAAGCACCUCUAGGAAGCAAAGUGCGAGAACUGGGCGAGAUGUACAGCCUGAUCUUAUAGGAAGGAUGGGUUGUUACUCGCGUCCCACGAACACAGCAUUGCAUAUGUUCCAGUCUUACGUCCGCGUCCCAAAGUCACCUUCGUCCCUCCCACAUAUUUGGAACCAUAUCAUCAGUCAGUAUCAAGCGAGGUUUCUCCGACACAGCACACCCCUUUGUCACUUCUUUUUUUGGCGGUUGGCGUUAUUCUUCUUUUCUGGGGAAAGGGAAGGCCGCAUCUUCCUUCUUUAUCACCACGUUCUUCAGCGGCGGGGGAGAGCGGGAGAGAGUUUCUUUCUCGUCAACGGUUUUAAGACACCACACGCCCCUCCAAAUCGGUUCCCGAUUGCAUUUGCAUAGCAUUCAAAUCUUAUCCCCGGAUUCCAUCAAACCUAUACGUUCAACGCGACCUGCUCUUUUGGAGGACAGCCUUCCACUUACACCAACCCAACCCCGUGUUUCCGUCUCCGUGUCAAGGCCUCCUGGGCUCCGUCCCCGCUUCUUGUACCUCUUGAUCUCCCUUCCGAUCUUUUGGCUUCCGGCCCCGGGGGCAUUCCCAGGAAAACAACGCAGCAGCAGAGCGCGGCAGCUCAACUUGCAGAUCGCGGAACCUUGUUCUGCGGUGGGCGAGUUCUGUCACCGAGCCUGCGGAGCGGCAAGCAAGCGGCCGUGGCUGGCCCUGCUGUGACCGCCUCGUACUCUGCUCCCUUUGGCAGCACGACAUUAAGGGAGCAGAUAGACGGGAACAAGAGAGGAAGAAGUACGCUUCUCUUGAGGAAAGGAAGAGAGGGAGAAGGUGCCGGUGCCCGAACUCUCGUGCCAGGCCGCCAUGGAGUCUGUAGAGGAUAGCGGCGGUGAUGGCUCCUCCAAGAAGCCUACCAAGGGCCCGAGGGCAUGCGGGACCUGUGCGCUUGCAAAAUGCAAGUGUGAGCCUGGUUCUGGCCCGUUGGGAAAGUGUGAACGAUGCGAACGUCUCAAGAAGAAAUGCACCAAACAGAUUCCGGCUCCGCCUCGCCGACGGCGAAAGGACCGCAAGUUAACCCGCGUGGCCGAACUUGAAAGACGUCUCGAGGCCCUCACAGAGCAGAUAGCGGCCGGAGGCGGUCGUGCCGGUGCCGGAGGGAGCUCAGGAAAGUCUGAAACACCAGGCAGCGCCAGCACCGGUGAAGGGCUCGAGAACCACCAUCACUCCUCUCUUGGAGGCUCUGAACUUGAUGGCCAGCAACCCCUCCCAGCCAUCUCACCAGACUAUCAUCACAGCACCAGCAGUGGCCCCAAGAUCUCUGUCACGAACCACCAUUUCACGCAAGCACCAUGGAACAGCGAGCCAUUCGAGGCCCUCUUGCCACCGAGCGAGCUCAAGUUCUCACCUAUUCUUAGCAACCACCAAACACCUCAGUAUGGUCAUCAUCAUCAUCAACACCAGCAUCACCCUCAGCACCAGCAAACCCUGGGCGGCCUGGCCGUAUCAGCGGCAGGUUCUGUCAUGCCAGACGCCAUGAUGACCUCUGCCUCUCCGCCUUCUCACCCCUCGCCAAUGACAUCCUCCAAUGCUUCAGACUCGAUCUGGCCUGAAGGCCAAGAAGCCGAAGAUUUGCUUCAGGAGUACCGCUCCCACAUGCAGCAUCUCUACCCCUUUGCUCUAGUCCCACCAAACUUGAGUGCCCAUCAAAUGAAGGAACAACGCCCCUUUUUCUGGAAAGGGGUCAUGGUUGAAGCGUGCCAUCACGAUGGAAGGAGACAAAUGGCACUGGGGGACCAGCUGCUGAGAGACAUCAGCGUGGCAGCCUUUCAGCAGAGCAGCCAAAAGGGCCAGCCGUCGCUGGGGGCGGGGCUGGACUUGCUUCAGGGGGCGCAGGUGCUGCUGGCGUGGUAUCAUUACAAUUUGGUGGCGGCCAAGACGACGAACCUGCUGUUUUUGAUUCGGAGCUUUACGGCGAGUUUGAAGUUUGAGGUUUUGGAUGCUCAAGAGCAGAAGAAUGCCAUUGCGGGUCUGGGAGGGCAGCCCAGGUCGGAGGAGGCAUUGGAGAGAAUGAGGGCGUUUGCGGGGACGUAUUAUUUGGUUACUGUAGCCUUCACCACAAGUCACUGCCCGGACCAGCUCAUGCCCUCGCCGUAUCUGAUGAGGUGCUGCAAGGUGCUGAUUACGGAAAAGAGCUCGCCUGAUGAUGAGCUAGUGGUUCAUUUGGUCAGGGUGCAGCGGGUGUCUCAGCACAUUUCGAUGAACCUGGCCAACUGGUACAAGAAGCCUUUGAAGGAGCGCAGGCCGUGGAAUCAGGUGGUGGAAAACCUGAGGCUGUUUCUGCAUGGGGAGAAGAAGAAGGUGCCGAAGCGGAUCAUGGAGAAUUUCUCGAUGAAGGGCCACUUUAUAGUCGCUGAACUCCUCAUCUACGAAGGCUUUCUGAAAACCAGCGGCAGCAUAGGCGGCUCAUCAGUCACUGCAUCCUCCCUGCCAGAAGACGAAGACCCCAGCUUCAAGACAUCCCCCUCCAACGGUCUCGGAAACGACACGCCCUCUUCGCAUUCGAGCAACAGCCGCCCUGCCUCUGUCAUCCCCCUGCAGGACCGCCUCGACAUCCUUAUGAAAUGCGUCCGCCUGGUCAAGGAGUACAUGCACGCCCGCACGGCAUCGGAUCAGUCUGACUAUCCCAGGUUCAUUUCCAUGUCCUCGUUUGAUCUCACCUAUGUGUUUGUCAGGAUGCUCAAGCUCAUGACUUUGUCACUGCCAGGGUGGGACGUGAGGACAGUACGAAGAGAAUUUGAUGGGUACUUGGAGAGACAUAUCAAGGACAUGGAGCACACUGCCGGACGGAGGAAGAAGAGGAGCAGGACGAUGACGGGGGCGAGCAACUACAACAGUCCGAGUGAUGUUUACAGGACGCCUCAGGGGGUGGUGGGUGGUGGGGGGAGUGGGAUGGGGGGGUCGCAGCAAGGGCAGGAGAGGGAGAGGGAGGAUCCGUUUGCGCAGUUGGCAAGGAAGAUUAGAGAGUUGAAGAAGGCUUUUGAUCAAGAUCUGCAGGAUGGACAGUCGACGGCGCAACUUGCGGAAACGACGGCGCAGCUGGCGGAGCUGUAUGAGAAGGCGCCGAUGACGCUGGCGGAUGCGACGGCGACGCUGGUGCAGGAGAUAAGUCAGGAUCUGGGGACGGAUAGCUGGGAUGGGGGGGCGAUGGAUUAUGAUUGGAACCCGGGGAUGUGGGGAGGGGAUUUUGGGUUUGAGAUGGAUGGGUUUUGGAGUUGA